CCUCCGACGACGUUUGCUGCUACGUACUAAUCCUACACUUCUAUUACGAUGGCUUCUCAAGCGGCCGAGCAGGAGAUCUUUGCCCACUUCUUCGACUGCUGGCUUGGUCAGCUCGACCGCGACCUCCGAGCCCUCCUCGCCGCCGACGAGCCCUCCCUCGACACGCGGCACCACCCUCAUGACGACGCCAACGACGACGAGCACCAGCUCCGGUCUCUAGUAGAGAUGGUGCUGGGGCACUACGAGUACUACUACCGCGCCAAGUUGGCGUCGGCACGGCGCGACGUGUUAACCAUCUUCUCCACCGCCUGGGCCUCCUCCACCGAGAAGCUCUUCCUCUGGGCCGGCGGCUGGCGGCCCAGCGCCGCCUUCCAACUCCUCUACUCCGAGCUCGGUCGCCGGAUCGAGCGAUGCCUCGUCCAGGGUGUACUCCGGGUCCAGGACCUGACUAGGCUCUCGGCCCUCCAGCUCGAGCAAGUGGAUCGGCUCCAGAGGAAGACCAUAAAGACCGAAAGAAAGAUAUCGGAGGAGGAGGCCAAGGCUCAGGAGUUGGUCGCGUGGCCACAGAUGGUGGAGAUCUCGCAUGAGAUCACGGAGAGCGGGCGAGAGGUGGCGGCGAUGGAGGAGGGGUUGGUGGGAGCGAAGGAGGCGAUGAAACGGGUGCUGGAGAGGGCGGACCAGCUGAGGAUGGAGACGAUCAAAGGCGUCGUGGGGAUUUUGAGGCCGCGGCAGGCGGUGCAGUUUCUAGCCGCCGCCGGAAAGUUGCUCCUCCGGGUUCAUAGGUUCGGAAAGGUUGUUGACGCGGCCGCCGCGGCGGUGGCCGACGGAGUCGGCUACCACCGCUGUCCUCUCGUUGGAGAGGAAACUACAGGUAGUAAUUAAGCCUGAACAAGGGGUAACGGAGCAGCAGAAAUAU